AUGAGUAUGGAUGGAUUUGAUUAUACGAAUUUGUUACCAAUUGCGAAUGUUGCGCGUAUAAUGAAGAGCGCGCUUCCUGAAAACGCUAAAAUAUCAAAAGAAGCCAAGGAUUGCGUUCAGGAUUGUGUUAGUGAGUUUAUCUCAUUUAUUACUAGUGAAGCUUCCGAACAGUGCACACAGGAAAAGCGCAAGACAAUUACUGGAGAAGACGUCUUGCUUGCUAUGAAUACACUCGGAUUUGAGAAUUAUGCUGAAGUAUUGAAGAUUUCUCUGGCAAAAUACCGUGAACAACAAGCCAGAUCGGCCAGCAUGAAAGAAUCCAAACAAACUCGCUCAGAAGAAGAUCAAUAA